UGUAGCAGUGGAGUGAAUGACUGGGGCAGGCUGCGAGUCCUGCCGGCGUGCUGAUAGCGCCUCAGCUCACUGCAGCCCGUAAACAAGACCGUGUCAUUUCAACACUUCAAAAAAAGGAAGAUCUGGCUUUCACACAGUCCUUUUGCUAAUGUUCCUUAUCCUGAGAGUGGGAAGAAGUCCCACCUAAAAUCCUGUUAGAAGAUUGAGAGCCAUCAAGUUGCUGUCUUGUGAGCAGUGUUUUUGUUUAACUUCCCAAAAUCCAGGCGACUUCCCUGGGACGGCUCGCUGACUCCCAGGAGUGCUUCAGACAGUGAGAUGUCCAGCAACUGUAGGAUGAAACCCUUGAAACUGAAUAUCCUGGUGAACUGGUGAAGUUUCGGACCUGGUGCUUUCAGUCUUCUCUGUUUUCUGUUGGUGUCUCUGGGGAAGAUAUUGUAGAAGAUGCAGACAUGCUAAAGACUUCAGAAAAGUGAGCAAUGAGUUCUUCUGACAGCUGAGAGAAGCCCCCUUGUAGGGUCAUGAACCUAAGACAAGUCUUCGUGUCUGUACUGCUGUUUGGAGUAGCUGGUCUACUCCUCUUCAUGUAUCUGCAAGCUUGGAUUGAAGAGCAACAUACAGAGUCUGGAAAAAAACUGCAACAAGAAACAAUUAAUCAGGAUUUCACUCUGCAGCCUCUGGGGAUGCCGAGGAAAGCAGCAUGGAGGAGAAGUGCUCCUGUGGGCCUCAGUAACCACGAGAUGGCUGUCUCAAGCAGCAGGCACUGGCAGGGCAGGGCUGACCCUUUCGGAGUGGUAGCUGCCUCCUCGGGGAACCGAGUGCCUGAGCAGCAGAGGACGAGUGAGUCCCCUCUCAGCUGGUUCAGAGGGGUGUAUUUACCUCCUGCUCUGCACCCAUUAAACAAGACAUUUGUCAAGGGUGGCGAGUGGCAGGACAUAGACAGCGCCCAGGAAAAGCGCAGAGCCUUCCUGCAGGACUUCUGUAGGAAAUACAACAGCAGAAAGAAGCUACAAACCCAUCUGGUGCACCUGGUGUCGAGAAUUUACGUGGAGGACAGGCACAAGGUUCUGUACUGUGAGGUGCCCAAAGCAGGCUGCUCCAACUGGAAAAGGGUCCUCAUGGUGCUCAGUGGACUCGCUGCUUCAGCAAACAACAUCUCCCAUGACGAUGUGCACUAUGGAAAGCAUCUAAGGAAAUUGGACAGCUAUGACCUAAAAGGGAUCUACACACGCCUGAACAUGUACACCAAGUUUAUAUUUGUACGUGACCCUAUGGAAAGACUGGUAUCUGCCUUCAGGGAUAAGUUUGAACAUCCAAACAGCUAUUACCAUCCAGUAUUUGGGAAGGCAAUAAUUAAAAAGUACAGACAUAAUGCAGAUGAAGAAGCAUUGAAAACAGGAUCAGGAGUUAAAUUCAAGGAGUUUAUCCAAUAUUUGUUAGAUUCCCACCGACCAGUUGGAAUGGACAUUCACUGGGAGCAAGUCAGUAAGCUGUGCUAUCCCUGCCUCAUCAACUAUGAUUUUAUAGGAAAGUUUGAAACCCUGGAAGAAGAUGCCAAUUACUUUCUGCAGCUGGUAGGAGCUCCAGCCAAUCUGAAGUUCCCUAAAUUCAAAGACAGACAUUCCUCUGAUGAGAGAACAAGUACAGAAGUAGUAAGGCAAUAUUUAAAGGAACUGUCUAAGGAGGAGAGACAGCUGACCUAUGACUUCUAUUACUUGGAUUACUUAAUGUUCAAUUAUACAUCACCACUUGUAUAGCACUAGAAUAACUUCAGGCUUCCAUUAGAUAUUUAUCAUUUUGGGAUUCAAAACAACUACUUUGAUAAAAGCCCUGAAAGGAAAUGAAGUUACUGCUAAGUAGAGUUGUCUUGAAUUAGUGGGGAUUUUAUAAGCUAGAGUGAUAUCAAUUGAUAUUAAAUUAUGGAGAAUGCAAAGAAAGAAAAGACCUGUAAACAGCAUAAAUUGCACUAAAAUGCCUGAAAAAGCUGCUUUUACCAUUAUGGAUUAUACUAUGGAAGCAGUAGCUCAGACAGCUGUUGCAUUAGCUUACCUAAUGUUCUUUUAAUGGUUUCAGGAAAAAACCUCAGA